AUGAUAGCUGUCAAGGAGUUCGACGAUACCAAAACCGGAGUCAAAGGCCUCGUUGACUCCGGCAUCACCUCCCUUCCCGCCAUAUUCCACCACCCCAACAUCUGUCUCUCAAUCCCCACCCCCACCCACCUCUCAAUCCCCAUUAUCGAUAUGUCCCUUCCACGCCCCGUGGCCGUUGAUCUCAUCCACUCCGCAUGCCGAGACUGGGGCAUCUUCCAGCUCAUCAAUCAUGGCAUCCCUCUUUCCAUCAUAGACAACACCAUCUCUGUUGUCCGAUCCUUCCAUGAGCUCCCCCCCUCCAUCCGUUCCCAGUACUACAAGCGUGAGCACGGUGCCGCUGUCAAAUACUUCUCCAACCCGGACCUGUUCCUUUCUUCGGUGGCGACCUGGAAAGACACGUUGCAUGUGUCGUUUAGUCCUGUUCCACCGGAACUGGACCAGAUCACGGAGCUUUGCAGGUCGGAGCUGGUGGCAUGGGACAAGCAGGCGAAGAAGGUGGCUAAGGAAAUGAUGGGGAUGAUGUGUGAGGGGCUCGGAGUGGGCUCAGGGAGGCUGGAGGAACUGACUUGCCUAGACGGGACACUACAAGAAAAAUCUCAAAUCGGCACGGUAAUAUCGGCACAGAAAUGA